AUGGAAACGAUAAUUCAGGCAGUUUUCGCUGCCCUUGACCCCCUCUUCGAUCGACCAACGCACACGCCACCGACAUCGAACAUCGAGUCGGUGAAGAGUUAUCAGGCGGCUUUAGCUGACUUUCGCCUAGUCUGUAGAAGCUGGGAUGCGCUGAUAACCUCGUCACUUGGCUGGAGGUACAUCAUCAUCCAGCUUGACCGCCAUUCCUUCUCUUUCGACAAACUCGCGCAUUAUGUUCAAACUACAGCGUCGCGAACUGACCAAGGUCCACUCGACGUCUUCGUCCUGCGCAGAAAAAUUCCAAUUACAUACGAUCUAUCGGAACGACGCAAGAUGAUUCAUGUAACGAGGAUCCUUCUUCCCUACCACGACAGAAUCCGAACGCUCUUCAUUGAGCCCAACCAGAGCUCGUCGGUACCACCAUACCUUCCCUCGUAUCUUAACUCCGAGCUCCGAAACCUAUCCACCCUUGUCCUAGCCUACCACGCCGACGAUUCAAGCACGGGCUCCCUUUCCGACGUAUGCGACUCGGACGUCGUAUGGCCCUUUUCGACGACGGACACCAUCGUAUUCACGCGCUCGCUGGACGUAGCGGCCGCGACCAAUACCCUAACUACAUUCUCGAUCGGAGGAAGGCAGCUAAUGUCAUUCCUCGAUUCACCUCGCAUCGAUACUCUGCACGGGCUUUCUAGUCUUCAAGUCGCUGGACUAACGAAGCUCUCACCUGUCACCGAAGGCUACACGAAGGACAAGGUGUCUCUCUGGAUAACCCUUCUCUCGAAUGUGGAGACCCUCAAUAAACUAUUCUUCGACGACGUCGAUAUACCAGCCAUGCCCGACUGCUCCAGAGGAUUUCGAUCGAGGCCGACCUUGACUAUCGUCGGCGCCAACGCGAGGACGAUGAACUUCCUUUUCACCGCCAUCUACAUAUGUGACCUACCUCGCAUCGACUUGUUCAGAUGCGCGUUCAACGCUCCAGUUUGCUUCCCAACUUCGCAGACGUUGCGAUUAUACGACAUUCGCGACUUCCCCGACCUCGUAAAGUCAAUCGCAACCUUUCGAGGACCAAGUCUGCACUUUGGCAAGUGCUGUGACAUCACGAACCGACACGUCCAGGACAUUACCCGGGGAGAUGAACCUCGUCCUUCAAACAUCACAUUCGAAGAUUGCCCGAGCGUCACAACCCCCCGUGGCGUGGUCAACUUGGCCCAUUGUUAA